GGGGGGGGGGAGGGGGAUAGUUCAAUGAAAGCAAAAGAAUCAUGAACAUUUUUCGACAAAGUCAAAAACUCAAUUGGACCCAUGUACUAAAAAUCAAUACAUGUUUUAUAAGCACUUAUUCUAAUGUUGUUAAAGACAUGACUCAAAGGGGUCUUGUUUCAAAUAUAACAAGUCCUGAAAUAAUCGAAAAGACAAACAAACCUACAACCAUUUAUUGUGGAGUAGAUCCAACUGCCAAAAGUCUUCAUUUAGGCAAUCUUGUAACACUAAUGGGCUUAUUACAUUUUCAUAUUCGAGGACACCAGACAAUUGCCCUUGUUGGAGGAGCAACAGGGUCUAUUGGUGACCCAUCUGGAAGAAAAUCAGAACGUGUACCAUUAUCACAAGAUAUACUUAGGGAAAACGUAGCAGGCAUUGAAAGACAGAUACAUAGAUUCUUUAAAAACGGUGCAAGUUACGCUAAUAGAAGAGGAUUUAAUGAUUCCACCCUAGAUACAAGAGAACCAAAAGUAUUGAACAACUUUGAUUGGUUUAGCAAUAUGUCAGCGCUUGACUUUUUAAGUUCAAUUGGAAGAUAUGCUAGAGUCAACAGUAUGCUGGCAAAGGAAAGUGUAAAGUCUCGAUUAGAAACAACACAAGGUAUUAGUUUUACAGAAUUCUCCUAUCAACUUUUACAAGCUUAUGAUUUUUGGUAUCUUCAUCAUCAUCAUGAUUGUAGAAUCCAAUUGGGAGGGAAUGAUCAAUGGGGUAAUAUUACAGCUGGCAUUGAUUUGAUUGCAAGAAAGAAGAAAAAGAAGGACGAUACAGAGUCAGAGUCAGAGUCCAAGGUUUUUGGGAUUACAAUUCCACUUUUAUUAACUUCAACGGGUGAAAAAUUUGGUAAAUCUGCUGGUAAUGCAAUUUGGUUAGAUGAAUAUAUGACAAGUGUAUUUGAUUUCUAUCAGUUUUUAAUGAAAACUACAGACGAAGAUGUUGGAAAAUACUUGAGUAUGUUUACUUUGUUAAAAGAAGAACAUGUCUCUGAAAUUAUGGCUGAACAUCAAAAAUAUCCAGAAAAAAGAUUUGCACAAAAAAAACUUGCAGAUGAAACAACUGAACUCGUUCAUGGAAUUGAUGGUUUACGUAAGGCAAAGACAGCAACUCAAGUGCUUUUUGGUGAAGAUCUAAGUACUUUAUCUGGAGAUCAAAUUAUUGAAGCUUUCAAGACAGAUAGAAAUCGGUUUAUAAAACUUGAUCGUUCAGCUGUAAUCGGAUCUAGUAUUGAUAUCAUUGCUUCUGUUACAAAUGCUGCUAAAUCUAAAUCUGAUGCACAAAAGAAAAUUAAAGCAGGUGGAUUUUAUUUAAAUAAUCAAAAAAUAACCAAUGUUAAGCACGUAAUUGAAGAAAAUGACCUUAUUGAUGGGAAAGUAUUAGUUUUACGUACAGGGAAAUCCUCUUAUUAUUUAAUUCAAAUUAUAUAACUGUAUAUUGAAAAAAUAAAUGAAGACUGUUCAUCUAUACUACAUACUAGUGUUGGUUUUUUUUUCUUCUUCUUC